AUGGAUCCAAAGAGGACAUCCAGUCCUUCCUCGGAACUCAGUUUUGGGGAGGCCGGGUGGCCUGGCUCUCCGUGCAGCAAGGAGACUGGGGGCUGCCCCCGCUCCGCGCGCUCAGCGCAGAACCCGCGCGGCCAAAUAACCAAGCGCCUUGAUUGUGCGCCUCUGGGAUUAGGAGGCUGGAGAGGCGGACGUGCGGCCCCCGCGGUCGCAGCGGUUGGUCCAGACUUGGGGAUCCGAGGGCGGGCAGGACCCCUGCUCCGGGGCCACCCUGCGCCCCUGCUCCGCAGCGUUCUCCGGAGCCUCGGAUGCUCCCGGAACCCCCGCGGGCGGGGCCUGCCUUCCGGAGCCGGGCUGGCGGGCGGCGCUGGGGAAAGGGCCGCGACUUUCCCAGAGUGGCGGGGCGACGUCAGGCGGAAGGGCGCGGGGCGCGCACGCUUUAAAAGGCAUUCGCUGUCAUCCGAGCUCGCAGCCGUGGGGGCAGGAGCCGGCUAUAUAAGCGGCGAGCCGGGCGGCCGCGGGGCAGACGGCGACAGCAGCGGCGGCGAGCGCCUCGGAGCGCAGCGGAGCAGCGCCCCCGUAGCCCCGCGCCCCUCGACGGGUCCGCCGCCCUCCCGAGGAGCGCCGACCCGGGCCCGCGAGGGCCGCCGCCACCCCGCAGCAGAUUUGGAUCCCCCGCCCGGCGAGCCCCAGGCUGCUGCCUCCCGGGGGGCCCCGGCGCAGCGGCCGCCCCCGGAGAGCCCCGCCGCCCCGCCGCCCGGCCCCGAAGACGCCGGCAGCGCCAUGGCGGCCGCCAAGCCCGGCGAGCUGAUGGGCAUCUGCUCCAGCUACCAGGCAGUGAUGCCGCACUUCGUGUGCCUGGCCGAUGAGUUCCCACAGCCCGUGCGGCCCGCCAAGCUGUCCAAGGGCAAGGGCCGGCUGCGGCGGCCGCGCCAGUCCCGCUUCAAGACGCAGCCGGUGACCUUCGACGAGAUCCAGGAGGUGGAGGAGGAGGGCGUGUCCCCCAUGGAGGAAGAGAAGGCCAAGAAGUCUUUCCUGCAGAGCCUGGAGUGCCUGCGCCGCAGCACGCAGAGCCUGUCGCUGCAGAGGGAGCAUCUCGGCAGCUGCAAACUGAGAAACAGCCUGGACUCCAGCGACUCCGACUCGGCCCUGUGA